AUGACGAGCCGCCAGUUUUUGCGAAAUAUUAGAGCGUACAAUAUGAUUUUUUCCUUCACCUCCUUUGGAGCAAAAGUGGAUGGAUCAGUAAAUCAAGGUUUUGACCCUUACUGUUUUAGAGUUGGGGGGAGAGUUCAUCAUUUAAUUGGCAGUCUUCUGCCUGCUGAUAGUCAGUCUCCAAAAUUUGCUCAACUUUAUAUUUACGACACUGAGCAUGAAGUGGACAACAGACUUGGUUGUCUAAGGUACGCUAGAGACCGUUAUAAGGAAGAUGACUUUAAUGGUGUAAAGUUGAGGCUUAUUCGAAGGCGUGGUAGUGAUGGAAGAGUUUAUAAUCUUCCGACAGCAUCCGAAGUGGCAACUUUGAUUGUUGGAGAUAUAGACAGUGCUAUGGGCGAUAGGGAUAUCAUUAUUGAAACACAAGAUAGAGUAUUGCAGCGCAUCGAUGUGAAGCAUCCAUUAUAUCUUGGCUUGCAGUAUCCAUUGUUAUUUCCAUACGGUGAAGACGGUUAUCGUGAUGAUGUCCAGCGUACUGUAUCCAGUGGUAGGAAAAAUGCAAGAGCCAUGAUCAGCAUGAAGGAAUUUUUUUCGUUUAGACUUCAGAUGCGAUCUGGAGAAUCAGAAAUUCUACAUCGAUCAAGGAAACUUUUCCAACAAUUUCUGGUUGAUGCAUACACUAUGAUUGAGUUUGAACGACUUAAUUUCAUUCGAUAUAACCAGAGUCAUCUGAGAGCUGAGUUGUACAAAAAUAUAAAACAUUCAUUAGAUAACGGUGAAGAUGCAGCACUGAGCACUGGAAAACGUAUCAUUACACCUUCUUCAUUCUCAGGCGGACCUAGAUAUAUGGCUGAAAAUUGUAAAGAUGCUUUCGCAAUUUGCCGUUGGGCUGGAUAUCCUCAUCUUUUUAUAACAAUUACCUGCAAUCCUAAGUGGCCAGAAAUUACACGAUUUGUUAGGGCCAGACAGCUGAACCCUGAAGAUCGGCCUGAUAUUCUAUGCAGAGUCUUCAAGUUCAAAUUGGACCAGUUGCUACAUGAUUUAAAAAAGGAAAAUAUUCUUGGCAGAGUCAUUGCAUAUGUUUAUACAAUCGAAUUCCAAAAGCGCAGACUACCUCAUGCUCAUAUUCUUCUAUUCUUGAACCCUUCAAGCAAAGCUGAAAGUGCUCUUGAUAUUGAUAAAUUGAUUUCAGCGGAGAUACCUGACAAGGAAACGAAUCCUACGCUGUUUAUGGCUGUCACGAGUUACAUGAUACAUGGUCCAUGUGGUCCUGAAAAUUACAAAUCUCCUUGCAUGAAGGACGGACGGUGUUCAAAAAAAUUUUCAAAAAACUUCUGCUCCCGUACUUUGAUUGACGAUGAUGGAUUUCUUCAUUAUAAGAGAAGAAAUGAUGGGAGAGUUGUGAACAAAAAUGGUGUUGAACUUGAUAAUCGUUAUGUUGUGCCCUAUAAUGCACACCUUCUUUUAAUGUACCAGGCUCAUAUCAACGUUGAAUAUACUUGCCAGAGAAGUGUCAUUAAAUAUCUUUUUAAAUACAUCCAUAAAGGGAAUGACAGAGUGACAGCUGCCAUAAAUCAUUCGGACGAUGAAAUAAAAAUGUUUUAUGACUGCAGGUAUGUCUCCGCAUGUGAAGCAGCUUGGAGAAUAUUUGGAUUUGACAUUCAUUCGAGAUAUCCCCCUACAAGGGCGGAGUCUAGACUGUCAAUUUUUGAGUCUUGGAUGGAUGCAAAUAAAAAAUAUCCAGAAGGACUUCUGGAUGAUGACAAUGAGUACAUUGAUGCAAUUAAGGAGGCAAGUUCCUGGGGAUCUGCUGCUUAUCUUAGAUGUCUGUUUGCUCUGUUGUUAUUUGCCAACUCAAUGAACAGACCUGAAAAAGUUUGGGAAAAGUGUUGGAAAUUUUUAUCCGACGACGUUGUUUAUCGGCAUAGGAAAAAAAUAGGACGUCAAGAUGCAAUUCUUACAGAAGAGUCUAUAAAAAACAUAACUCUUGAAGAAAUUGAUAAGGUACUGCAGAGCAAUGGGAAAUGCCUCUCUGAUUAUCCGUCAAUGCCACGCAUCAAUAGUGAAACUUUGCUUGAUAUGCAAAAUCGAUUAGUGUUGGAUGAAUUAAUGUAUGACAGAUUUGCUUUGGAAGAGGAGCAUAAAAGACUAAUUAAUUCCCUCACUGAUGAGCAGAAAGCUGUUUAUGAUAAAAUUGUUUCAGCAGUUACGGCAGCAUCUAUUAGAUCAAAAGCUGGAAUCGCACUCAAUGUUGCUUCUAGCGGAAUUGCUUCCCUUCUGCUUCCUGGAGGACGAACAGCGCAUUCUAGAUUUCGUAUUCCUAUUCAAAUCAAUGAAGAUUCAACGUGUAAUAUAAGGCUGAAAUCUACUAUAGCUGAGUUGCUGUCAAAAACAAAGUUAAUCAUUUGGGAUGAAGUUCCAAUGGUACAUAGAUUUUGCUUUGAGGCUCUGGAUAGGACACAGAGAGAUGUUCUUAGAAUUUCUGAUACAAGCUGUGUUGAUAUGCCAUUUGGUGGAAAAGUUGUUGUUCUAGGAGGUGACUUUCGGCAAAUAUUACCUGUCAUUCCUCAUGGCAACAGACAAGAUAUAGUUCAUGCAACCAUCAAUUCUUCUCAUCUAUGGGUCCCAUUGUCAUUUAUUAACUUUGACCAAGAACAUGCGUAUUAA